UUUGCCCUAAAUGAGGCCCCAAGCCCUAAAUUUAUUUUUUUCGGUCGACGAGCGUGGCCACCUGCAUAACAUUGCAGGCACACUCAUGCCCUGCCUCUUCUCUCACCUCCUCUUUCCAUCGCCGCCUUCGGCAGCGUCAUCUCAGCUCUGUCACCAUGGGGAAGACGCGGGGAAUGGGAGCUGGGCGUAAGCUCAAGAACCACCGUAGGGCUCAGUUGUGGGCUGACAAGUCGUACAAGAAGUCUCACUUGGGUAAUGAGUGGAAGAAGCCAUUCGCAGGGUCUUCUCACGCCAAGGGCAUUGUUCUUGAGAAAAUUGGUAUUGAGGCCAAGCAGCCCAACUCUGCUAUCCGUAAAUGUGCUAGGGUGCAGCUGAUUAAGAAUGGAAAGAAAAUUGCUGCUUUUGUACCUAACGAUGGUUGUUUGAACUACAUCGAAGAGAAUGAUGAAGUUCUUAUUGCUGGAUUCGGUCGUAAGGGGCACGCCGUUGGAGAUAUCCCUGGAGUCCGGUUCAAGGUGGUGAAGGUGUCUGGUGUAUCACUCCUUGCUCUCUUCAAGGAGAAGAAAGAAAAGCCACGAUCAUAGAGGAUGCACAAGCGAGUUAGUUAUCUAUUCUUGAUCUGCAGGCGGUCAAAGUCACCUGUAGUAUAGUCGUCUUGUUACCACGCUGAUCCAACCUGUCAAUGGAAUGAGCAAGCAGUUGAUCCUGCUUGGAUGCCCGCAGUUUCAUGAAUUCAUGAAUUUUGGAAUUCGCCGAUGAAGUAAACAUGAGCUGAAGUAAUCUGUCAA